AUGGAGAACGGACAGGACGAAGGAGUCGCCUCCGUUUCGAUGUCCUCGCGAGCCAAGGCCUUGAUAACGGAAUCGAUCUUCCCAGCAAAGGACUUUUUGAAGUAUGGUUUCUCGGAAACGAUUUCGUACUUGCUGGCAAUAGCCGGAUCCUGCGUCGGUGUUCCUCCAAGUAUUCUUGACUAUUUGCAGGCCAUGUCGGCUGACCUUUACAAGGAGAGGCGUGAAUUCAUCUUGCAGAACGCCAACAAGAAUAUCAAGCAAAUAGCUCAAGAGUUUUUCGAAGUAUUCGACCUCUCCAAUAAGCAAACGGCUCUGGACGCUCUUCAUACUUCGCUGUAUAGUACCGACUACACCGAACUUACGAAGCUGCUGAAGGAAAACGAUUUCAAAGAGUGGGCGACGCACUAUUUCUCGCAGGCAAAGAAGCGGAAGAAGAUGAGCGUCCAAAACAUUGUCGACAAGGAGCGCAAUAAGCUUCAAAUCGCUGGGGUGGUUCAAGGCUCAAGGUUCAUAGAGUCAGGCAUGGGGCUACUCGCGCCAGAGGAGGAUCGUAUUGCUGCAUCUACGCUCGCGAACCGGCCUCCCUCCACUCUUACGUCCAGUUCAUCAACCAGUCUCCCGCCAUCGACUUACACAGCUCCCCAGCAGGAUGAGGAACAUAUGUUCAGUGUGGCCGAGGGCGUGCCAUUGUGUGUCACUGGUGAACAUGACAAGCGCGCGACGCCACUCCUGACACGUUUAUCUUCCGACACCCGUCCUUCCAGAUCAUUCACUUUCCCCUCAUCAUCAUCUUCUGUAGAGACAAAGAACCCAUCCACAGAGCACUCGCCAACGGAGCCAGAGACAGAUGCUGAUGCUUCGGAGGUGCAGAUUGUUUGCUCACGCGCCAAGUCGACUCCUUUUUAUGACUUGAUCGCUUAUGUCUUUCAGAAGGUCAAGAAGAAGCCCGCGGUCCUCCCUUCAUUCAUCCCAGGAGGUCUCUCAAGUAACCACAAAGAGCUCUACAAGGCUGCGUUGGACGAGCUGCGCAAGCCGGGACCAGUCCAAGCCAAGAAAGAUGUACUGGUCAUGCUAUCUGGAAUUAUCAACACUGUGGUGCCGAGCGGACGGUGCUUCUCUCUCUCCAAGACUAUCGUGACCUCGUCGCAAUUAACUCCUGUCGACCCUAACUCAGACACUCACAAGGCAGUCAAAGAGGUCUUGGAAAGGCUACUAAAUGCAUUGUACCCGAGUCUCGAAAAAGACCGGUACGCGGAUCCCCAGUUUGUGCAGCUGCAGAAGACCAUAUGGCAAGGACUGUGUCACGCGGUCGAUCUGAAGCAGACCGUUUCCGGUAUGGCCACUGGAGAGCUGAUUUCCAAGUCGAGCACAGAUGCACGACAGCUUGCUGAGGCUGAAUUUGGAUCCACAACAUCGUCCGUGUCCGGUAGAAAAGUGGAUAUGAGUCUGCGGAUCCAAGUCGACAACCAAUGGCGGAGCGAAAUCGCCGUCUUUGAGUUCAAGACUGCCAGCGCCAGCCAGCAUAUCUGUGACAUCCAGCAAAAGAAAUCCGUCCGUUUGAAUGCCGCCAUUCUUAUGGAUCUUGAGGAGCGCGGCCUGGACCUCACUCGCCAUUAUCCCAUAAUUGCAGAAGGCAAGGGCCUCAGCAUGGACUUCUACGCAUUGAGGCGACAUGGUGACGUACUCGGCGCAGGUCGGGCCACAGAGCAUCUCCGUCGCUUUUCUAUCGACGUCACGGAUACCUUGGCCCAGUCCAACGCCACACCCUUUAACGAUGAUGAUUACGACUACUACGAACAAGAGGAAACACCAAUGUCAUCCCCACUCUCCAACACCAGGCCGCGACCAUCCACGCCCCCGCCACGCAAGCGUUCGAACCCCUUUAUUCUCUUCUCGCCCGCAAAUAAGAACAAGCGAAAUCAUGGACGUCGCCGUUCGCAGGCAGAGAAGAAGGAUGAACUUGACUACGAGGACGAGGACGAUGACGAGUAUGACGGCCAUGAUUGA